AUGUCUCUUUUCUUUUGCAGUACGACCAGCGCGGGCAGUUCCGGGACAGGACAGCUUGCAAUCGAUCAAGCAACAACAAGUUCCUCCGAUUCGAUGUCGCUGGUACUCGCUGAUAGCUCUAUUCCGGGUCGACGCGAUGUACAGAAAGUGCACGGCAGUAGCAAGGACAAGGGAUCUAAAUCCGAUGAUAAGUCACAUUACAAAAAGAAGAAAAAGAAGCCUACUUCAUCUGGGCCAAAGGGACCUCAGCUGAAUACUCCACAAGCGUUAGAAGCGGCAAGUCGAGCUGGUGAACUGAAUGAUCAGAUGGCUGCACAGAUUGCUAACUCAGAUGACGUUUCGUUGGCUGCACAAGAAGGACUUGAAAUUAGAGGUAAGUGA